GGCCCACCAAAGUUGAACUAACACCACAUUUUACUCAGUCCAAGCCCUGACAACAAAGUUUUCUAUCAACCUAUGGCUGCGACGGUUGACUCCAUGCAAUGUUUUCCUGGUUUAUGCGGGGUGCUUUCAGGGUCUGCUACUGGCCUCGAGAUAGAUGAAAUUGAAGAGGAUGUUGCAGCGGAACAAGAAACUAUAAUUGAGCCCGGCGCUGGUCUGAAAACGGCGAAUACUGGGUCAAUUGAUACUCCUGAUUUUGUUAAAUUGCAGAUGACGCUCAUGGAGGCUUCCAAGGGUGUCACAGAUGGCACGGAUGCUGAAUACAAAAGGUUAAUGAAUUCAUGUGUCUCAUUUGCUAUCAGGAUCCGCCUUCUGGGGCCGGAUGAGGAAUUCUUCAGCAAGAGACCACGGGCUGAUGCUCCUUUGGUAAUUGUAGCCUGGAUUAUGAACGCCUGCGACUCCAUUAAUCUUGACGGCACCACAAAGCUGUGUUCCCAGGAACGGGGGACAUAUGGACAUGCUCAGAAAAUGCGAGCCUCAAUGACCUAUGGCUUCGGUAAGCUGAAGGGUCUCGGAAACAUGCCAUGGCAUGAAUCCGAUGUUGGUGCCACCAUGGUUGGCAACCCCUCAAUCUCGGUUGAAGUUUCAUCUUUCAUGUGUUCGCUGCGGAGACGCAAGGUUCAAGCUGGUGAAGUUGCAAACAGUGCUCGUGCUAUAACAUCGGAGAUAUUACUCAAAUUGUACCACCACAACCGCCUUCCUGAGAACUGGACUGUCCAGCCGUAUCAACCUGGCGAGCGAAAACCUGCAGGAGGCUCUCGUACUUCUGACAGCCUGGACAACUGGGGUGGUGGGCGGGUCCGAAGGCUUCUGCAUGCUGCAUAUACAGUGGCAUUCUUAUGUAUGUUGCGGUUUGAUGAGGUCCUCAAGAUACAGGUUCAUGAUCUUCGUGUGGCAAACAAUCAGGUUGUGUUGUACCUCCCCUUUCGCAAGACCCACCAAAAUGGAGGUCUGUGUUCAAUCUGUAUUUAAAUUGCGAGCUGUGAUUGAGAUAUAUGAUUUUAGAUAUUAAACCCUUUCAUCUCU